UGAGCCGGCCGUAAUAUCUUCGGAUCCAUCGGCCCCAUUGGCCAAUCUGCUUCGUUCGGUCCACCUCCUCGAUCUUCAUCGCCAUUCGCCUCCGCGCUGGCUGUUCCGGUCCUGCGUCCUGUGUCGGGUCAACAAAUGGCCUCCUCUGAACACCAGCCCCUCCUGCCCUCACACCAGAGCAGCCAGGGCAACGCCAACACUCCCCGCCAGCGAAGACGAGCACGGCGUUACUCGGACGACGACGAUGGACCCAACUACCCUUUUCUGGCUCUCUUUGGCCUUUUGAUUCUGACAACUCUCGCCGUCUACCUCCACUUCUGGAACUAUGGCAACCCCUUCCUCAAGCCGUCCCUCGCCAGCACCAUCAAAGUCAAACGGAUUGUCCAUCAUCUCGAGAACCUCGACACCAUUGCCCGCUCCAACCCUCGCUUCGGAAAGUCUCGUUCGGUUCUGCUCGGCUACAAUGCCUCGGCCGAGUACUUUUACGACACCCUGGUCAAUGAAACGGACUACAUUGUCACCAAGCAACCCUUUGAGAUUGAGCUGUACGGCUAUGCCGAGCCUCCCGUCCUCUCCAUCUCCAACGUCUCACUGACCCCCGAGGUCGACUUUGGCAUUUUGCCAAAGUCUGGCGCCGCCGAUUUGAUCGAUGUGCCCAUCGACGCCGUCCACGGCGGGUGCAGCGCCGCCGACUUUGACGAGCUCACCCCCGGACACGUUGCGCUGCUCGUCAAGGAGGGCCCCUGCUCAUACCGGCUCAAACUCAAGCUCGCCGUCCAGGCAAAGGCCGCUGCCAUCCUCAUGUACUCCAAGUACUCCAACCCUGGUCCCGCCUACGGUCGCUGCGAAGACUGCGACCUGGUCCCUGCCAUCGGCAUCACUCACCAGCUCGCCCUCGACAUCUUCGAGCGCAUUGCCAUCCACCCGGACCACAAGCUCACGCUCUCGGGCCGGCUCCGCCCCGCCACCCAGGUCGUCACCACCCUCAACAUCGUGGCCGAGACCCGCGGGGGCCGCGACGAUCGCGUCAUUGUUUCGGGAUCGCAUCUGGACUCGGUCCCCGAGGGCCCUGGCAUCAACGACGAUGGCUCUGGCGCCUCGGCCACCCUCGAGAUCGCCCUGAGCUUCUACCGCAGCGGCCUUGCCAAGAAGACUGUCAACAAAGUCAGAUUUGCUUUCUGGUCCGCCGAAGAGCUCGGUCUACUGGGCAGCUACUACUACGUCAACCACCUCAAUGCCACCAACCCCAAGGAGCUCAAGAAGAUUGCCCUCAGUCUGGACAACGACAUGCUGGCCAGUCCCAACUACAUUCGCGCCAUCUAUGACGGCAAGAAUGCCGAGAAGGAAAAGAUGCGCGGUCCCAGUGGCGUCAUCCAGAAGGUCUUCCAGAAGUGGUUCGACCAGAACGGGCUCCACCACCAGCCCACCGAGUUUGACGGACGCAGCGACUAUGCUGGCUUCUUGCUCUACGAUAUUCCCUCUGGAGGUCUCUUCACUGGCGCUGAGAAGAUCAAGACCAUGGAGGAGGCCCGGCUUUACGGCGGAAUGGUUGGCGUUCCUUACGACCCGUGCUACCACCAGCUCUGUGACGACCUGGUCAACAUCCAGGGCCCCGGCACCGUUAUUCUGGAGGAGAUGGCCGUUGCCUUGGCCCACGCCAUCGACCGAUUUGCCUUCGAGCCCGAUCUCAAGGGGCUCCUGGCCGGACGUGUCCCCAUCUAGAGAGACAGCUCGAUCCGAUCCAGCAAUACCUUUGUCCCAGAUCCAGCUCCCCUUUGCGCUCCUCUGUUCUCUUCCUCGCUCGUCCUCUUGUUUCCGCCUUUGCUCGCACCCUGGUCCCGUUAAAGGGCGAGGUCGCUGGGAGAGGAGACUUGGUGCCGUACACAAUCGACGGAUAUGACAUAACGACACAACACACCUCUUCCGCGCCGCUUGAUCCUUGGCCGCU